UCUCAGUUGAUCUUUUCAUUGGUGUAAGCGAGUAGCUGCCAAAAACUCAGAACUUGCUUGCUUAAAACUCACAUCAUACCAAGAGGAUGAAGAAGAAGCUCAUCAUUGAUGUGGAUGCUGGGGUGGAUGAUGCUAUUGCCAUCAUGAUGGCCCUCUCCACACCUAAUGUGGAAGUUUUGGGGAUCACCUGCUGCCAUGGCAACACAUCUGUAAAGAACGUCCUCAGAAAUGUCCUGCGUGUCCUGAAAGUCUGCAACAGGCUGGACAUUCCAGUGUAUCGUGGCUGCUCAAAGUCUCUGGUGGCCCGUACAAUCAAUGCAAAUGAUUUCUUUGGGACAGACGGGUUUGGGGACGUUCCCGAUCCACAUGCUCCAGGCCUGGAUCUGGUGCAGAAGAAGAAAGCUGAACUGGCCAUUAUCGACCUUGUGAACGAGAACGCUGGAGAGGUGAUCCUCGUAGCCACUGCCCCCCUCACUAACCUGGCUGUUGCAGUGCAGUUGGAGCCUUCCUUGCCUAAAAAGCUGAAGGCGCUCUACAUCAUGGGGGGAAACAUUGAAUCCAGGGGUAACGUCACAAUAUGUGGAGAGUUUAACUUUGUAUGUGACCCAGAGGCGGCUUACAAUGUGUUGGACCGCUACACAUGCCCAACCUACAUCGCCACCUGGGAGUUCACCUGCAGGAACAGCCUGCCAUGGUCUUUCUGUGAUACCUGGUUUUGCUUACAUACUGAAAAAUCAGACUUUGUGGAAAAGAUUUCACGCCACUCAAGAAAGAAAGCUAAAGAACAAGGGAAUCUGUUUGAUCCCUGUGACGCCUACGCCAUGGCUGCAGCCAUCGACGAUGCAUUCAUAACUGAGAGCGAAGAGGUUGCAGUGACUGUGGAGUUGGAGGGGAUGUAUACCCGAGGUAUGAUGGUGCUGGACUACAUGGAGAAGCUGAAAAAAGUACACACAGUCUUCAUUAUGAAGAAAGUCGACUUAGAGAAGUUCAAGGAAAUGUUAAUUAAUGCAGUCAAAUAGAGUGAUUCUGUAAGCUCUGAGGCCUGAGUAUAGUUUAUCAUAACAAAUAAUGCCCUUUUUGCUACAGUCGGACAAACCAUUCAGAAACAAUUUGUCCAAAUUGGUUUUGAAAAAGUUAAACAGAUCAGUCACUCCAACACCAUCUGACAGAAACUGCUUAGUUUACUGCCAAGUUUGCGUCGACUGUGUGGUGGUAAAUAAAGAAGCUGGUAGUUAAUUCUUUCUAAAUACCUGAGAGCCAUGAAAUGAGGCUAGCCACAUUACACGUAUAUUUAUUUACAUUUGCAAUAUAAAUUUGAUGAUACAAAACAUACUAAGAGACAUUAAAAAGUACAGAUUUUUUUUGUAUAUACAAAUAAACAAUUACAAUGAAUCAAAAAGGGAUUGAUUGCACAUUUCACUCGGAAGGUUUUGCAAGGCCAAGAUGCCAUGUCCACGUUGUGCGAUUGCUAAUGCAAUUCAAGACUCUGACCUCUAACCCACUAACCCUAACUCCUGAAAAACAAACCCUAACCCCUAACCUAUUAAUCCUAACACUCUAAAACUUGUGCCAUAAUUGCAAAAGGUGUAUGAGCAGAACUUUGUGCCAUCAGAAACUGAAUAUGAAUAAGUUAAAUUCGAAUUUGAAUUGCUCACAUUGAAUAUGAAUUGCUCAACUUGAAUGAAAGCUUAUAAAACUGAAUUCCAAUUAGCCUAAUUUGAAAUCCAAUGUAUUGGUUUGAAAAUGAUGGUCACUAAAUUUAAACCGAAUUUUAUAUUUUGAAAAUGAAUUAAUUUAAUUUGAAAUUGUAUCCCAUCCCUCUUUAAAUGUAGCUCUUGAAAGCUUUCAGUUUCACUUCUCGCCAUUCAAUUUCAGUUCAUAAAUUCAAUUUCAGUUCUUAAAUUCAGUUUUUGGGGUCAUACAUCCAGGCCCUUUGUGAAAGCUGCAGAGUAAUCAAGCACCUAUAGAGCUAUGUGGUACCUGCGGACCUGCGGCAUCUUGAGCUGGAGCGGGGCACAGAUUAAGUAUUCAGAAGUCAUUCAUCAUGUCAAAUGACCGGCGGAUAAACUCUCAGGUUGGUAAUAAAUGAAUUGCCAGUAUAAGAAAAAACAUCUUGUAAACCGAUAACAAUCUAACAGUUGGGUUAAAAACGCUAUUUUAGCUUAGUUUGCCCUGGGUUCAGCUUUGACAAAUAUGAUCGACUGUUUCUAGUAGAAUUCCAAAGUUGUCAUCUUGUACCCUCUCAGAGCCCUGUAUGCUUGCAGACACCCCUACAGUAGGGAAAUGUGCAAAAGAAUUCCAAACCAUUGUAUUUUAGGUUUAUUUAUGUCUUACACGGCAUCCCAACUCUUUAGCUAACUUAAUAACUUUAGAUAAAGUGAAUAGUUGGUCUAAUUCAUUAGUGCAGCAUUACUGGA